AUGGUCCUUGUCACUGUUACCGAUGUUCAGUACCUUCGGGAUGUUGAAAAAUGGUUUCUCGAGACUCCAAGAGGGAAUAUUAUUGCCAACAAAGUGGUAAUUGCAACCAAUGCGUAUACUGCUGCUAUUCUACCCGAAUUUAAAGGUGUGAUAGUUCCAGUCAAAGGAUGCGUUUCACAUUUAAAACCCGCUGAUCAUUCUAUUAAGAAGCUUCCUUACAACUAUUACCACGCUUAUCCAAUGGAAGGUGACUACGUGACUGCAAGAUCCGACGGUUCGUCCACUGCCCGUUACGGGAAAAAAAAGGACAGUUACGCGUCUCUCGCCUCUUUGGCGGCCAAUAACUCGAUCACCAGGGGCGACAAAUAG